ACAAAAACAAGUACCUGAAUGGAAACUUCAAAGGCCAUGUCGAGCAGAAUACGAUGAAGUAAGAAACAUGAAGGAAUCGGUCAGCAGCGGAGAGAUCCUUCCAUCAGCAUUCCAACGCAGUGACCAGACCGUUAAACCUGAAUAUUACUCCUCCCUGAGUCCUUGAGUCCGAUUCGGCAAGUCCUGACCUGCAAUCCACUUCGACCACCACAUGUAAUAAAUCUAAUAAUUCGCUAUCUUGGUUGGCGCUAAAACCAGAACCGUUAGAGCAAGAAUUGGUUAUUGGAUGUUGCGGGGACUUCACAAAUUUCGCCGCACUUUUCCAUCGCCGCCGCUCCAACGCAAUUCUAUCAAAUAUCAACCUACUCCAUACCUGCACAAAUUUGGGAUCCUGGGCUCCCAUUUUUGACUGCAUCAAGGAACCCGCCAUGGCUAAAAAGCGAAAGGCUUCGGGUCGUGCUCCAGCACAGCCAAAGUCAUUCGACGAGAUUGACCCAAGUCAAUCGAAGCUUCGUAUCAAUUCCUACGAAGAUGUUGCGGACUCGGAGGAUGAGUUCCACUUGAAUCAAGACAAGGUUCUGCUAGACGAAGGUCCGCAGGCAAAGCGGAGGAGACGGCUUGCAGAAGAAGAUGAGUUCCUCCAAGCGUCCGAUGAAGAAGUUUUAGCCUACGAUGACGAAUCCUCCGAUGUUGACGAAUACGACGACGAAGGGGAAGAGGGCAUGCUUGAGCCUCGAAAUGGCAAUUACACAUCGAAACCUGGUCUCCGCGACGGACUCAGGGACACGCCAGAGGAUGAUGAGGACGGGGAAGAUCUCCACCACUGGGGCAAGAAUAAGGAGAGUUACUACGACGCCGAUGUCAUCGAGACCGAACAAGAUGCGCUCGACGAAGAGGCCGAAGCCCUUCGAUUGCAAAAGAAACAUCUCGAAGCAUUGGACGAUGCAGACUAUGGUUUCGACGAGUCUACCUGGAAGCUUGCUGGCAAAGAAGAGAAGGCGGUUCUCGGUGCGGGAGUGGUCACGGAAGUUUUGCCCGACAUUACCGUAACGGACGACAUGGGCCCGACCGAGAGACUGAAGCUGCUUAAAGCGCGAUAUCCCGAGUUCGAAUACCUGGCACAAGAAUGGAACGACCUCCGUCGGAUACGCCCAACGCUUGCUGCAGAGGCAAAAGCUGCGCAAAAAGCGAAAUCGAAUAUACAACGGAAUGACACGCCAUUCGCAGUCACGGCAUUCCGGACGGCUGAUUCAUAUCUGGCGGCAUUGACGAUGUAUUUCGUGAUCCUCACAUCUCCUGCUGCGAAAGAGGAUGCUGCGCUGGCGAGGUCCCCUGUAGAGAUGCGAGAGCAUGGCAUCAUGGACAUGCUGAUGCGAUGCAGAGACCUCUGGCUCAAAGUCAAGGAGAUGGAAGUGUCUAUUCCUUCGAGUCCAGCUGUUGGUGACAUGGCAACGGAGUACCUGUCCGAUCAUUCUUCAUCCCCCCUAGUGUCUCCAAGUAUUCCGAACGGACAGCUUCUGAGUGAACUGGAAGAUGCGGAAUCUCGAGGAACGGAGAAGCGAGACGGGAAGCCAAAGAAGCGUGUCAUCGACGAACAAGCAGCCGAGGCAACCCGGCGCACACAAGCGCGCAUCGCAGAGAUGAACAAGUUCCUAGCAUCGGCCUCCCAAAAUCCCCUUAUCCCUGUGGCUUCUACUCAAAAGGAUGGAUACGAUAUCGAAUCCGAUGACGACAUCGGCGAGCCCGCACCGCUGACCGAAGCGGAGGCGAAAGAAAAGGCCCGCAAGAGGAAGAGUCUCCGGUUCUAUACCUCACAGAUAGCUCAACGGGAACUGAAGAAGGACCGGGCUGGACAAGGACAAGGUGACGACGAUUUGCCAUACAGAGAGCGCUGGCGAGAUCGCGUGGAACGGUUGAACAAGGAGGCUGAGACGCGCGGAAAGAAGAAGGCAGAAGGCAAAGAGGUGCUGGGCGCGGAAAGUGGCAGUGAAGACGAGGCCGAAGCAUCCAGGUCGGCAAUUGAUGAUGAGGACGACUACUACGACUACAUUGCCAACCGCAACAAGAAGAAGAAGGAUGACAAAGCCAUGGCGGCGAUGCAGGUGAAGGCAGACAAACUGAACGCGCAGGUGGUACCGGUCGAGGUCGUCGGCCCGGAUGGCAAGCGGAAGAUCACGUAUCAGAUUGAGAAGAAUAAGGGGUUGGCGCCGAAGAGGAAGAAGGACGUGCGAAAUCCGCGUGUGAAGAAGCGGAAGAAGUAUGAGGAGAGGCAGAAGAAGUUGAAGAGUAUUAAAUCGGUGUUUACAAGCGGAGAAGCACGAGGCGGUUACGGUGGAGAGUUGACGGGUAUCAAGAGAGGGUUGGUCAAGUCGAGGAAGUUAUAAUCGGGCAGAGUGGGAACGUCGUGGCAAGAAAUACGGUAUCAUUUCCGAGGCUUUUGUGCAUCUUGG